AUGGAAUCCAUAUCUCAAAGAAAAAUAGCUAAAGCAAAACAAGCAAAUAUCGCCUGCUUAGAAUGUAGAAGCGUAAAAAAAAAAUGCGAUCAACAAUUUCCGAAGUGUUCAUUAUGUCUUAAGAAGAAUAAAACUUGCCAGUAUGUUGUAAAAAAUCAUAGGAAGCCAGCUAGUAAAAGUUAUGUAAAGUCAUUAUUGGAUAGGAUUGCUGUUUUGGAGCAACUAUGUAAACCCCAAGAUCAUAAGAACGAAGUCCAGGAAGAGAGGUUGGAUCAGCAUAUGAAUUUAUCCAAAUAUCAUUUUGGAGAUUUUGUGCAAAAAGUUCCUCCUUAUUCGUCAUCAUCAACGCAAACAGGAGUUUCUAAAGAAUCAUGCUCUGAGAGAUCCACUAAUUCAAUUGCUCCCUACGAUCCAAACGAACCAUUGAUGUCUCUUGGUACGUCAUUGGUUAGCAAAUGGGAAUUAGGGUUUGCUCAAAACGGUACUCUUUUGUUUGAAGGUCCCACCAGCUCCAGAUAUAUUUCUAUUUUCGAUGUUCACGUUCAGCCGACGCCUAAGUUACACUACACUCAGGAUGUUCUUGAUAAUUUUCAUAAAGAAGUGUUCAGUUGGUUUUUUGACUAUAUUAGUAGCACCUUUCCCUUGAUUGAUGAACAACUUUUUUGGGAAUCAUUGAAUUAUGACGAUGUUAGUGAAGAAUUAGGUCCCUACGCCUCCGUAUCUUUGAUCAAUGCCAUUAUGGCGUUUUAUUUUUUAAACCAUGGGAAUUUAAACGAAUCUCGUCAUUUUCAAUCUCUUUCAUUUAAGCAAGUGAAUGAAGAGGUCUUCAACGAUCCUAAAAUAGUUGCUGUACAAACCCUUAUUUUGUUGUCUAUGAUCAGUAUGACUGAAGGCAAAGAGUUUCAAGCAUCUGAUGCAAUCUCUAGAAGCGUUUCGUUAUCAUAUCAUCUUGGUUUACAUGUUGGUAAUUACAAACUUAAGAAUGAAAGAAAGAUUUCAGAAGAAGAAGCGAAUAUUAGAGACUCUGUGUUUUGGUGUUGUUUUAUGGUUGAUAAACUAAGAAGCUCAAUAUUAGGGAUGAGCCAUUACAUGAAUUGCAAUGAUAUAUCCGUAAAAUUGCCCGCUGUUCAUUCGUCGCAGCCAAAUAAAGCAUCAGUUGAUUCCUUCAGGGAUACAAUAGUUUAUAGUGACAUGCAAACAAAGAUGUUUGAAAAAUGUUUUUCUGCUGAAUUUAUUUUAUUCCUCAGUCUUAAUAAUAAUGAGACCGGCUCUUUGAAGCAACGUCAAGUUGUUUCCGAAGCUACUGUUGCCUUGUCAAAAUGGAAAAGAGACAUGAGCACGAAUGCAAGAUAUUCGAAUAAUAAAUCUUUGAGCAACUUGUUCUUAGAAGUUUUGCAACAUACCUACAAAAUUCUUAUUAAUAAGUCGCUUGUCUCGUUUUCCGAAAUAAAUACAAUUGUUGAUGAGGAGGACCUUCCUAUUAACAUAUGCACUGAUUCAGCAGAACAAAUAAUCUAUUUGUGCAGAUCUCAGGAUAUCUCAAAGAGUCCAUUCCUAUACCAUUUUUUGUAUUCAUUGUAUUUGGCUGCAACAAUAUGUUUAUAUAAAAUCUCGUCGCCGAAUUUAGAAACAAAGGACUACUACGGAAGUUAUCUAAAUCAAGCAAUUCUGAUAUUUGAGAGUUAUAAAGCGGGAGCACCCGUAUCUGAUACUUACCUUUGUCAUUUAGAGAAAUAUAGAAAAAAAUGGUUCAUUUCGGAACAAUGA